AUGUGUGAGGACCUACGGCGAGCGGUAGUGGAAAGUGAGCAGCGUGUUGCUCCACUGCGGAUCAGUUUCGAUGCGCUUGCUCGCAGCUUUGCACAACGUGGUCGGGAGCUUGACCAAUUGAAAACGGAGCGCUAUUUAAGUCACCAAGAGCUUCACCGUUUGCGCUACUCCCAUGCUGCUUAUGCCAAGGAACUAGCACUGUUGCGAGCCGAACGGGAUCUGCUUUGUCGCAACCGCCAAGCCCAGCUUAUCCAUUUUAUCAACUUCGUUUUGGGGCUUUCGCCAUCGGUGGAGCUCGCCAAUGAUAAGCGGCGGAGAGAGCAGUAA